AUGAACUGGAAAGUUGCAACGGAUAACUGGGAGAAGCUGCCCAAGCUAACGGCUUUGGAUGUCUCGAGAACCAGCAUUGACCAUAUUGCAGUGUCCUGGUCUUCAAUCAGAAGCUGCAAAGGCAACUUGUCGGUAAAUGCUAAAGUUGCAAAAGCUGUUGCUGAAGAAGGAGGGAUCAGUGUUCUUGCUGGUUUGGCGAAGUCUAUGAAGAAGCUGCUGGUGUACUGUGGAAUCUCUCUGUUGGAGAAGAGCAUAAGGGUUUCAGAGGCUCUAAAAGAUGUUUAUAUUCUCCUCCGUCCUCGGUAA